GGGUGGGCGUGGGGUCCCGGCUGCCGACGGCGCCGUCAUCGUCGAGUCUCGCUGCCACCCUCUGCCCGACCCGUACGGAGUCAUCCUCCGUUGGAGGAAGUUAUUAGAAAGUGACAAGAAAAGGGCAGGUUUUUCUCUCGAGGGACCCUACAUAAAUUGGCAAGACGGGAGCGAGAACCGUAAGACGUCAGAGCAGGAAGGAUGAGGAAAACGCGUUCAGAGCCCUCCCUCCACGGUAGAGAGGGCCAUGGAAACCGUGAGCUCAGAGAAGACAACGCUGGUCUCGGAUUCUUAGGAACCGAGCCAGCAAACGCUGGGUCACAUAAAGCCCCGGUGCAGCCCCACUGGGACGCCCUGCUCGCCUCCACGGCUGAGGAGGUGACCCGAGAGCUCCCAGGUCAGGGGAAUGGGUCAGAUCUCCCUCGAGAGGGUCUUUGAAAAAGGAAAACUUGCCUGGAGUUCGCAUGGCAUGAAUCACAGCACUGGGGAAAGGAGGCAGGCGGACGAACUUCUGGGUUCGAAGACAGCCAGGUUAUGUAUUGAGAUCCUAUCACAAAAAUAAUUUAAAUUAAAAACAAAAAAACCAGGCUGUUCUCAAGAACUUUGGUCUUGAAACUUUUGUGACUCUUCUCAAUGGUCAUUUAGUAGUUUUGAAAAUAAUGCUCAGAACUGGGUCAGAUGGCUGACCCUGAAAUAGCAUUACUUGUAAAACCUGGCUUGCAUAUUGAGGCCCUGUCCCAAAAUAAACGAAUUCUUUAAAAAAGGAAGAGCUGACACUGUGGCUCGGUUGCUCAAGGGCCUAAUGCCUAAAGCUGGCCCUGUCGGCCCCACAGCAGCAUGUAACCCAGAGGUGGUGGCCCACACCUGUAAUACCAGCCCUUGAGAGGCCAAAGCAAGAGGCGCACGCCUUUAAUCCCAGCACUCGGGAGGCAGAGGCAGGCGGAUUUCUGAGUUCAAGGCCAGCCUGGUCUACAAAGUGAGUUCCAGGACAGCCGGGGCUACACAGAGAAACCCUGUCUCGAAAAAAAAAAGGAUCAAAGAUUCCAAAAAGUUUGUUUUUCAUACUAGAGAUUGAACCCAGGGCCUUGCUUACACCAGACAAGGGUUCUGCCACUGAAGCCCAUUUGUAGCCUUCUGUGGGACUCGAGUGGUCUGCUAGGGUUGCCGAGCCAUCACUCCAGCCUCGAUAUCGUCCCAGUUUUCGCAUACCAUCUUUUACUAGAUGGUACAACCCACGCAGCUCUGGAAGACUCCACUGAACACCAAAUGGAGAAUGAGAGCAGAAAAGUCUUGAGUAAUGUCAUGGAAUUGGGGAAUUCCUCUAUAAAUGGUUCUAAGAGCAGGACAACCAGAGCUGGUGGCCUCGCGCUCAGUGCCAGUAUGAAGUGGGUGCCACUGUCAAACCUGCAUGUGGACGUCCCAAAGGAUGUGACCAGACCUACGAUAACCACUUCCGAUGAGCCAGACACGUUGUACAAACGCCUGUCCAUCUUAGUGAAAGCCCAUGACAGGGCUGUGUUAGACAGCUAUGAGUACUUUGCUGUGCUCGCUGCUAAAGAACUUGGCAUUUCUAUUAAAGUACACGAGCCGCCAAGGAAAAUAGAGCGCUUCACUCUUCUCAAGUCGGUGCACAUCUUCAAGAAACACAGAGUCCAGUAUGAGAUGAGGACACUCUACAGAUGUUUGGAGUUAAAACAUUUGACUGGAAGCACAGCCAGUGUCUACCUGGAGUAUAUCCAGCGAAACUUGCCUGAAGGGGUGGCCAUGGAAGUGACAAAGACGCAGAUACAGCAGUUGCCAGAACACAUCAAGGAACCGAUGUGGGAAACAGUUCCCGAGGAGAAGGAAGAAAGCAAGUCGUAAGCCUCAGGGAUGGCGGAUCCGGCCGGAGCAUGUGUUCCAUGGAGAGCGCCCCCUGUGGGGAGUCAGGGCCGCCUGCCCUUGCUCGGCUGGGGCCUCACCCUGGGCAGCCAGGUGGGAGCAGGCUGGGUUUCAGGGAAGCACCGCUGUACCUGUUCUCUAUAGCAGAGGAUGCUUGUGUCCCGAUAUGAACAAACAUUAGCAAACUUCUGCAUAACCCAAAACAAAAGAACCAGAUUUAAACAUUUGUGUAGCGCUGCUGACUUCUUGUUAGCCUGUGCUAAUUUUAUUUUGUUCUUAUUUAUUUAUCCAUCCAUUCAUUCCUUUUUAUUUCUGGAACUCAUGGAGAUCUAUCGGCCUCUGCCUCCCAAAUGCUGGAUUAAAAGUGUGUCCACCAUGCCUGGCUGGUUUUGUUUACUUGUUCAUUCAACAGAAAAUGAGCGGUGCCUUUUCAAUUUCCCCAAACACCUGUGCUUAAAUGAACGCUGGCCACUGCAAAUGUGGCCUUCCCCCUGUGUACCCAGCAUGCACUGCCGGGGUGACGGUCAGCACAUGGCCUGAUGUCAGCACUGCUUCAGAAACUGACUGUGCACCGUGUCACACACACAGCUCCUGUAGCCCAGAGCCCUGUGCAGCCACUGCCCAUGGCCACUGCAGUGGGUCUCUGCUUGCGGCCACCGCCCAUGGCCACUGCAGUGGGUCUCUGCUUGCAGCCACCGCCCAUGGCCACUGCAGUGGGUCUCUGCUCUCAGGCACUUAGGCAUCGUCUGACCUGUGAUUCAUUCAUCCACCCAGCUUUGAUUCAGUGCUCUGCUCUGAGAACCGUGGUGAACACCCGGGAUUAACUAGAACCAGCGGCUUCACGGACUGUGUGCUCAGGUAAAUGUUUUCCCUUCAGUUUCUCGCUGUUUCUUACAGUCUGAGAAGGCCUGUGUUGUGUGUGGUUUCCUUCACUUCUCUGUCCCCUACACAGACUUGCCUGGCCUGACCUCAGGUGUCAGUGCUCUGAGUGCAUACUGCUUCUGUGCAAGGCUGUCAUUACCAUGAGAAGAAUCACAGCCCCAUCUGCGACCUCUUGCUCAGGAGUUGGCUGUCAUUCACAAAGUAUGUCUCAGCGUACUUACCCCAGGAGUGAGCCUCACUAAAGAUUAGGACCUAGCUGGGCAGACAGGAGCAGGGCUAAUGCUGGGUCUAGCAAAGCAGCAGUCUGACUCACUUUUAUCUGAAGGGCGUGAUUCUAAAGUGGCUAGACCCACACAUAAGAUUUGAGGGCUUUUUCAUUUAUAAACAAUAAAGUCAGUGGCUCACCACCCAGGACUGAUACAAACCACGUCAGUGGAUGGACGUCCAUUCCCAGUUGUUUCCCGAUAAAUACUUAGGUUAGUCAUUUAUGCAGUGAAAACUUGAGCCAGUGGCAUGCAACCUGGAUAAGCCUGCUCUCACAAAGCCAGACACACAAGUGCACCCCCAGAACCCACACAGUGGGAAGAAAGAACCACCUCAAAGUUAUCCUGUGACCUGUGCAUGCCCAAACACUGUGAGUACAAAUGAAUUUUUAAAAGCUCAUUGUAAGAUAAAGACAUCACUGCGCACACAGCAAAACCUAUCUCUUUUAAAGGUUUGUUUUUUAAUUCUGUAUCUGUGCAUGGGUAUGUGCACGAGGCCGAAGGUGUCAUGUCUCUUAAGUUGGUGUGGACUGCUCAGUGUGGUGCUGGAGUAGAAGACAGUUCUCUGACAGCAGUAAGAGCCCACCUGCCAAACCAUCCCUUUAAGACAGGGUCACGCCGCGCCGAGCAUGGUGGCCCACGCCUUUAUUCCCAGCACUCGGGAGGCAGAGGCAGGCGGAUUUCUGAGUUCGAGGCCAACCUGACCUACAGAGUGAGUUCCAGGACAGCCAAGGCUACACAGAGAAACCCUGUCUCGAAAAACAAAACAAAACAAAAAAAAGACAGGGUCACACCAUUAACUCAAGCUGGCCUUGAACUUGUAGUCCUGCCUCACCCCCAGAAGAGCUGGGAUGCCAGGUGUGAGCCUUCAGGCUCCAUAAAGCUUGCCUGGUUUGGCCUGUUGUCGUAACCAAGGUAAUGUAUCCCGAAAGGCUGGAGAGGAGGUAGGAGGUGAGGGUUUUGUCAGGGUGUGGCCCUCCAGUGCGCAGUUGGUUUCUCUUGUGUGAGAAAUACUUUCCCAUAUUAAUCAUGAUCAUGCUGAGUUUGUUUAAAGUUCUGGUUUACCUACAGAUCUGCUAAGAUUAAGCUAGUCCCAUGCUAAAUUUCCGUCCUUUCAAAAGGAGUGACAGAUAAUCAAGCCAUAGUAAAAAGCUGAGGCAGGAGGAUUGCCAACAGUUCAAGGCUAGCCUCCAUGAGAUACUUAACCCUGCCACAGCAGGGAUUAGGCUUGACUGGGGUGUGGGGACCACCUACCUGUUAAGGUAUAGAUAAAGUAGCUCACAUAGACAUCUGAUGGCAGCGGUGCCUCUGGGGCAGUGAUUCGAUGUUUGUGUGCUGUGUUAAGAACCACCCAGAAGACAGGGAGAGACGAGCCUGGAGCAUGGCUGGGAGGCUAGCUUCAGAUGGAACAUGUGUAGUAUGCCCACAAUACACACUACGGCGUGCCGUGUCUCUCCCAGGGGGUGUCAUACACAUGCUAUCUGAUUUACUCCUUACAAGACCGCAGAUGUGUCAUUAACUCGUAGGACAGAGAGCUGAGGCUUGAAACGCUGGACCUGCUCACUUACUAAGCUGAAAGAUAAAUCCGGGGCCAAGAAAUGGUGGUUUCAAGUUCAGGUGAGGGGCAGGGGCAAACCUAGGACCUAAAGGGGCUCUGAGCCAAGUGUGGGGGGUUCAUACCUGUAAACCCAGCACUGGAGAGGUUGGGGCAAGAGGACUGCCAUACGUCUGAGUUAGCCUGAGCUACAGUUAACUGUCUCACAAAAGGAGGCUGUAGGCAAGCAUUGUCUUGCAGGUCUUUAAUCUCAGCGCAGGAGAGGAAGAAGCAGAGGCAGCCUAUCCGAUCUGCUUAGUGACUUCCAAGGAGCCAGGUCUGCACCAGAGACCCUGCCUCAAAAGACAAAAGAUGGGUGGGGACGGGGAGCAGGAGGAUGUCUCAGCAAGUAAAGGCACUGGCCACUUCAACCUGA